CAGCAGCUCGUCCCCAUGGCUAACCUGGAGUUGUUCGGUGCGCAGCAGCCGCAGGCCGCCGCCGGUAACGGGGCGACGGACGGCGCCGAGGAAGACCCUGCCGCUGCCUUCCUGGCGCAGCAGGAGAACGAGAUCGCGGGCAUCGAGAACGACGAGGGAUACGGCAUCCUGGAGAGCGGCGACGUGCCGGAGGCGCUGCAGGCGGCGGAGGGCUUCGACUCCGGUGCUGUUGAUGGAGUGAUGAAUGGAGUUGUCUAUCAGGAAAGCAAUGGUCCAACAGACUGCUAUGCUGCCAUAUCACAAGUAGAUCGACUGCAGUCAGAACCAGAGAGCAUUCGUAAGUGGAGAGAGGAGCAAAAGGAGCGCCUUGAGCAGCUUGAUGCUAACUCAAGAAAACAGGAAGCAGAAUGGAAGGAGAAAGCCAUAAAGGAGUUGGAGGAGUGGUAUGCCAGACAAGAUGAAAAGCUCCAGAAAACAAAAGCUAGCAACAGGGCAGCUGAAGAAGCCUUUGUGAGUGAUGCAGAAGACGUUUUUCCAGGCACUGAGUGGGAACGCGUGGCUCAGCUCUGUGACUUUAAUCCCAAGUCUAGUAAGCAGGCUAAAGAUGUGUCCCGCAUGCGUUCAGUCCUCAUCUCACUCAAGCAGGCUCCGCUGGUUCGCUGAAGAAAGGCACAAUGGAAACACUACAAAUGCAAUAUCUUAACCUUACUCAGAGAAGCUAUGUUUGCUGUAAUUGGAUUAAUUGUUUCUAUGUUUUUGUUGGACCAAACAUGAUGUAUCUAGAGCUGAUCACUGUUUCAUUGCAUGUUCUUCCUCAUGUCUUUGUUUUAAAUGAGAGAACCUCCUGAACUGUAGUCUGUGCUAUUUGCACUGAGAAGUCACUUCCAGCGUUACUGAUAUUAAAGAUGUGUUAAACUGCAAAA